GGGGGGAGGAGAGCGAGAGCGAGCCGAAGGCUGGGCGGCGCGCGCGCGCUCCCGAGCCCGCAGGCCGCCCCUUCGCUGCUUCCUGGCUCCGUUCGCCCCGGCGAGACCUCCGCGAGGAUGCCGAGCGCCAGCCUCACCCCGCAGGUGCACUGGGCGCAGCGGCACCACGAGCUCUACCUGCGCGUGGAGCUCAGCGACGUCCAGGAUCCUGAUGUCACAAUUAUAGAUAAUGUACUCCAUUUCAAAGCUCAUGGCCAUGGAGCUAAGGGGGAUAAUGUGUAUCAAUUUCAAAUUGAAUUCCUAGAACCUGUGAAGCCAAAGCUCAUCUGUAAAGUGACCCAGAGGCAGCUGAACCUCACAGUCAAGAAGGAGGAGAGCCUCUGGUGGGAACGGCUGACCAAGCAGGAGAAGCGGCCUCUGUUUCUUGCUCCUGAUUUUGACCGCUGGUUGGACGAGUCAGAUGCUGAGAUGGAGCUGAAAGCCAAGGAGGAAGAAAAGAUUAACAAAAUCAACAUAGAGAACAGAAUCCCCAAAGACCCUCUCCGACACUUGAAGAGAGGAUACUUGUUCAUGUACAACCUCGUUCAGUUCCUGGGCUUCUCCUGGAUCUUCGUGAACAUGACCGUUCGGCUGUUCAUGCUGGGAAAAGACUCUUUCUUCGAUACUUUUCACACAAGUGCAGACAUGAUGUACUUCUGCCAUAUGCUGGCCUGCAUGGAAGUUGUGAACACCUUUAUAGGUCUGGUCAGAGCUCCUCUCACGCCAGUUGUUUUGCAGGUUGGUGGGAGGAACUUUGUUUUGUUCAUCGUCCUGGGAAGUGUGGAGGAAAUGCACAGCAAAGCGGUGGUGUUCUUCAUCUUCUACCUCUGGAGCCUCAUUGAAAUAUUCAGGUAUCCAUUCUAUAUGCUUUCCUGCAUUGAUGUAGAAUGGAAGGUUCUCACCUGGAUUCGCUACAGCAUCUGGAUACCCCUCUACCCUCUGGGCAUCUUAGCAGAAGCCGUGGCAGUGAUCCAGUCCAUUCCCAUCUUCAACAGCACCGGGAGAUUCAGCCUCCAGUUACCCUCCCCGCUGAACUUCACCAUUCCCUUUUCAGUUUUUCUUCAACUCUAUCUUGUCUUUUUAUUUCUAGGUCCAUUUGUGAAUUUCCGUCAUCUCUACAAGCAAAGGAAGCGACACCUUGGACCCAAAAAGAGGAAGACGCAUUAGGUCCGAUAUUGAAAUAGCUUCUCGUUCUAAUCUACCUUGAAGGCAGGUGUAGGGCUCUCUCUCAUUCCUAAAAAUUUUACUUGUCCUGCUAAUCUGAAAACCAAUUUUGUACAGUUACACCAACAUGUGUCUUCCCUACCCACACGCUCAUACAUAAUGCUGUCCAAGUGAACUCUUCCUCUUGAUCUGCUUGAUUCAGCUCCCCUUUGUUCAAGCUAAAAACUGACAUAAAAGCCCAGCACACUUUUGUUUCCUGUUUUAUAUGCAAAUAAACAGAGCACUUGGUGAGAGGAAAACUUCCCACAGUGAGGAGAAAUAAUGUCUGGCUGGUUGAAGCUGUGUGUUAGUGGAGACAAGAGUUAGUCACUUCGGUUUCCUUUGGAAUUGCCGAAGGAACAGACAGACUGGCUGGUCCCUGCCCUUUGCCAGUGCUUAUGAGAUGAUUGUGGAGAGUGGCCUCAUUAAAAAUUCGUCUCCCUUUCUGCAGGCAAUGGGCAGUCUGUCCCCUGUUCUAACCUCUGGAAAAAUGGAAAAAGCUGGGUUAGGGUUAGAAAUAGGGUUUUUUUCCCCCCUCACUGCGGCAUGGGUCUAAGGACUUGUAUUCAAAACCCCUUGACAUGGAAGUAAAUCUCACUGAUGUUAAAACAGCAUCCCUCUGCAGAAGGACACCCAGGAAGGCGGUGCUGACCCCCAAUGGCAGAAGUCACUGCCAUGAGGGGUAUGGUUGGCUUGGCAUCCACCUGCCUGAAUCUGGAUUAGGAGCUCUCUUGAGGAGCAGGGCCUCUUGUUUCUCGAGCUAGUUUGGCUUCUGAAGAUGGCUCUAGAAUGUAUUUUUCCUGGCAUUUUCAGGAAGGGGCAUGGGACAGACCUCUUUAUUUGUCUGACCUUCAUUUGUGUGAGGCUGCUGAUGAGUAAAGCGCACAGACUCUUUUCCCUCAGCAUCUAUCUGGAAGUAGGAGUUUUCCAUUUACUUCAGGUGGGUAAAUACCAGGGAGGGUUUUUUUUUUUGUUCCACACCUUCUGGGCUGUCCUACUUAAUGUCAUCACUAACUGUCAGCAGUAGUGUAUUGCUUUUUAGCCUUUAUGUCGCUGUUCCACCUGUUAAAUUAUGGUUUGGGGUGCGGGCACUUUAUCUUGAGUCUGUAUUUGCUGGUCUUCCAGAAGGCAAACAGAAAGUGAAUUUCUAAUAAUAAAGAUUUGAAAACAUCA